GUGGCAUGUUCCUUUCAGCACUUGAUCCUUCAAUUACGCCUGCCUCGCCUUUACAAUAUUCAAUUAGUUUGGAUCUGUUUAACUCUCUUCUCUAAUCUUCACCUGUGAGGUACCUCAAACCUGCUGUUCAGCUAGCUCCAAGCUUCGAUUCUUCCCCGCUUUUUAACUCUCACAUCUGAUUCUCUUGCGAAAAUGGCUGACAAGGGUCGAUCUCGCGUCUACCUUGAUAUUGAAAUCGAUGGAAGAAAAGAGGGCCGUAUUGCACUAGAACUGUUCAAUGAUGUGGUCCCAAAAACUGCGGAAAACUUCCGUGCUCUCUGCACUGGCGAAAAGGGCGUUGGAAAGCAAGGAAAACCUCUUAGUUUCAAGGGCUCAAUCUUCCACCGUGUCAUCAAGAACUUCAUGAUCCAGGGAGGUGACUUUACGGCCUUCAACGGUACCGGCGGUGAAUCCAUCUACGGCGAGAAAUUCGAAGACGAGAAUUUUGAACUCAAGCAUGACCGACCCUUUCUUCUUUCCAUGGCCAACUCUGGCCCUGCCACCAACGGCAGCCAGUUCUUCAUCACGACAGUCGAGACCCCGCACUUGGACAGUAAACAUGUUGUCUUUGGACAGGUGAUCAACGGAAAGAGUCUCGUUCGAAAGAUCGAAAACAUGCCCACGCAAGCCGACAAGCCGCUUAGGGAUGUUAUCAUCGCUGACUGCGGAGAGUUAAAGGGUGAAGAUUACGAUAAUGCCGAUAAGAAGGUUGUGGAUGCCACCGGCGAUCCAUACGAGGACUACCCUGCUGACCACGAGGGUGAACUGAAUGCGCAAACGGCCUUUGAAAUUGCUUCAAAGCUCAAAGAACUCGGUAACAUCGCGUUCAAGAGUGGCAAGACUUGGGUCGGAUUAAGCAAGUACCAAAAGGCUCUCCGAUAUCUAAACGAGGUACCCGAAGUCGACGAGAAAGACCCGAAAGAGCUCGAUGCGCAAAUGAAAGUCCUUCGAUUCACACUACAUUCCAACUCAGCUCUACUCGCAAAUAAGCUGCAACAUUUCCCGGAUGGAAAGACAUGGGCUGGUUACGCAUUAGACACAGCCGACGCUGCCAAUGCAAAGGAUGCGGAUCGCGCAAAGGCUUACUAUCGUCGGGCCGUUGCUGAAGUUGGCUUGAAGGAGGAGGAUGAUGCUAUCAAGGAUCUUGAGGAGGCUUUGAAGCUUGCUCCUGGUGACGCUGCUAUUAGCAAUGAAAUUACCCGGGUGAAAAAGAUUAUUGCGGAGGCUGACAAGAAGCAGAAAGAAGCAGCUCGUAAGUUCUUUUCGUAGCUAGAGUUGUAUAUUGCCAGAAGUACGUCUAGAAUAAAAGUUCCUACAUACCAAUAUCCAAAAAAUAUUUAUGGCCACUUAAGUAUGAGCUACUACUGAUCUGGAUGUGUCGGUUUAAUAAUAUAAGGACAAAAUUUAUAUAAGGAAGGAAACGCCAUCAUGAGUAAACCUUCCCAGGGCUCGGAGACACAUCCACACCCGAACUCUUACCUCGACUUUUAUCGACUGCAUUUACAUUGAUUUUGUCCAAAGCAUCAAUGGAAAGUUGCAAAAAGUCAUGCUUAUUUUCCCAAGUGACUUGCUUCUCGGCAAACCCUUCACUGCGUUCAGGGGGUGGCGGAGGAUCGGUUAUCUUCGUAAUAAGAUAUGCAGUGGAUGCUUGCGCAAUUCCGUACAUGAGCACGCCGAUGAACGGUGUCUUGAGUAUGAUGGUAAAAGCAAAUG